GUCAAACAGAAGGGAGCGAACCAAGUUAGUGUGGAUGGUGGUCAUCGGUUUAGAAACUAUCGAACCUAACAAACACAACGUCCAUGUACAAACAUCAGUAAGAACUACGUUAUAGAUAUAAUAAACCUAUAAUCCUUGCUUCCAUAAUAGUUGUAUUUAUGAACUAUUUGAACAGUUUAACAAAUAAAAAAAAGCGCUGAAGUUCGUAAGAAGCAAUCAGUUGCAAGAUUGCGGUAUUGCCGACGCCCGGAAUGAUUUAUUGCUUUAUUCAUUUGGAACGCUAUACGCCGCACAUCGACAACUCCACGUAACCCGCCUUCCAGUUCAUCCCUUCACUCAGGGCAACAGCAAUAACAUUCCCACAGCAUCUCGAAGUAAGCGCAUGUGUCACGGCCAAAUUUACCAGAUCCACCCUGAGAUGAAAACGACGACAGCCGAUACAUCAUUCGCAGGGUGAUUUUUGUUUUGAAUUGCAGCUAGUGGUGGAGUGUUAAGUGAACACCGUGUUGUUGCUCUGGGGUCAUCUUCAGUGCGUAGGUGUUUAGACGAACGGGGGAGUCUGUAAGAUUGAAAACGGGCGAAAGUUUCAGAGCCACAGCAAAUCAUUUUGCCUUGUAGAGUUAUAACAAAAGUGACUGGUGUGCGCGUGUGUAUGUGUGAUAUGAGAUCAAUCGUAAGCAGAAUGGUUGGCUGAUGAUUGUUUGUUGUGGAAUUAUGUAAAGAAGGUCCCGUGAAUCCGAAAAAAAAUCAUUCACAUAGGUAUCUGACUAGAAUUACAGUGUUACGACUCACAGGCUACCGUAUGUGUGUUUGUAAUAAGGUUUCCCGUUGUACGCGGAAAGCUUUGUUUCAUUGUUGUGUUCUAGAGUCGCUCCAUUAGUCUACACGUUUUGAUAGCCGCGCGCGUGGGAUGGAACGAAACGGAAUUAAAUUAAUAGGGCACUGAGUUUGUACUCUUCUCGCGCCAUUAGGAGCCAAACUAGAAGAAUAGCAAGAAGAGGUAGAAGCGGUUCUUUUGUCAUCAGAAAUCAUCCGAUCUCGAUGAGCCGGUUUUAGUGUGCUCACCCAACGUCUUUGUCCAGCUUAUCACACACUCUGCCUCGCGCCAAGUAAGGGAUCCUGAGUCGAUAAGUCGAUUAACCGCGACUCAGAAGAAAAGAAAUAGUUGGUCAGCGAAGGUGGUCUCGGUAGAGACAUCCGACCUAGACUCGCUGACGGCAUUGAUCGUUCUUCCAAUACGGGCGAUACGGCGACAACGGCAACAACCAUUCAAAGGAAGGGCACAUAACAUCAAAUAAGAUGCAACAAAUAGCUACGAUGAUUGGGGCAAACGCUUACUAUGAUGGAAGCCGCAUCUUCACUUGGCUCGCGGAUAUGUGCGGCUUAUCGGUAGAUUUGAUUAAUUUCCUCAUCACACAGUUUCUGGCGUUGAUUCUAGCGUCAGCAUUUCGGUCUAAUUUGCACCCGUCCAAGGUUUCAGCCAGUACCCGGCACGCAAUUGGGCUAGUGAUUGGUCUGUUUUUUGGUUACUUCUGCUUCGGACACCAAGCGAUCCACAUCGCCGGACUGCCUGCUGUCUGCUAUGUCGUUAUUCGCACACAGAACCCCCAAAUCGUUCAACGGCUCGUCAUGGUCGUGGCAAUGUUCUAUCUAUCGUGUAUUCAUCUACACCGCCAGUACUACGAUUACGGAUCGUACUCGCUCGACAUAACAGGUCCACUAAUGAUUAUCACGCAGAAGGUGACCAGCCUGGCAUUCAGCAUUCACGAUGGGUUUACGCGCGAAAUGAAAGAUCUGACACAGAGCCAGCAGCAGCAUGCGAUCCGGAAGCUGCCAUCACCGCUAGAGUUUUUCUCCUACACUCUACAUUUCCAGGGUCUUAUGGCUGGUCCGUUGGUAUUUUACAAGGAUUACAUCGAUUUCAUCGAGGGCUGUCACAUCAUAAAACAGACAACUGCAAAUGCACAAAACGACAUCGAGAAAAAAAUUGUUCAUGAACCAUCCCCAGUGAAAGCGGUCGUGAAGAAGGUUAUUGCAAGUUUGGUGUGUGCUCUUAUCUUCGUGAAGUUUGCUACUAUAUAUCCGAUCAAAACGAUGAAAGAUGACGGCUUUAUCAAAAGUUCGGGUUUCUUCUACACACUAUGGUACAUGAUGAUGGCUACUACAGCAGUCCGCUUCAAAUACUAUUUUGCCUGGCUGAUGGCCGAUGCGAUCUGUAACAAUUCUGGGCUCGGCUUCAACGGUUACGACAAGCGAGACGGUGUAACGCCCCGUUGGGAUAUGCUAUCCAAUAUUCAAGUCCUGAAAUUUGAGCUUGGUACUAACUUCCGGAACUGUAUUAAUGCGUGGAAUGCUGGCACUAACCGUUGGCUACGCAUGGUCGUGUUUGAGCGAGUACCGAAGCGUUAUGGCACGGUGCUAACCUUCAGCCUGAGUGCUCUCUGGCAUGGGUUCUAUCCGGGCUACUACAUGACGUUCGCUACUGGUGCAUUGAUAGUGAUGGCGGCACGCAUCGCCCGAAAACUGUUUCGGCAUUCGUUCCAACGUACGAGUAAUACGCGUGUGUUUUAUGAUAUACUGACGUGUCUUGUAACGCGCGUCUUCAUGGGUUACGCAACCUUUCCAUUCGUGCUGCUCGAGUUUAAGGCUAGUCUUCGUAUGUACCUGAAUGUGUUUAUGUGCCUUCAUCUAAUCGCUCUGGUCACUGUGUUUAUUUUAUCGAAAUAUGUCCCAAGAGGAGAAGAUAACAGGGCAGUGAGUGUCAACUCCUCCUCCAAACUUAAAGCCGACAUGGACGUUCAGCUAGCCGACAUUCCAAGCAGUCGGCAUGAGGAAGAAGUGAAAACCCGUACUUUGUUAAAGCCGAUGGGAGCCGUAGCGUUGGAGGCUGAAAGUAAUAAUGGCACUGGAAUUAGAUUUCGGGGUGGUGAAAAUGGACGCCGAUGUGAUCUCAGCUCCCAACUAUCCUCCGCCGACUCCCAACAAUUGGUCCACGAUGUAGUGGACCCAUUCUGUCUAACCACCACUACCACCACCACCAUCAAUGGCAACCACAAAAAGACUGACGAUUUCCUGUCCGAAGAGGAUAACAUCAACAGUGCCACUAUUAACACCACCAUCAACUUCAACAGUUCAACCUCUGCCGCCAACGGCAAGGGCGGUUCAAAACUAACGAGAGAGCGAAUUAAAGAGAAACUGGAACAAGAGACGCGUAACAUUGAAGAAUUCAUCGAUAAGACGGUGACCGGUUUCGUUGAAUUAAAGGAUGAUCUGAUGCGUAUGCCGAGUGAAACAAACGGUGGUCUGUACAUUCCUCGUAAGACAAAAGGUUGCACCGGGCUGGUAGGCAUCAGCCUGAACGGUAAUUCUAAUGCGGAUGGCAGCGGUAGCAUUACCACCGGAAACAACACUACCAGCAGCAAUGCGUUUCUGAAGAAAGAGAUCGAUGCGCUAAAUGCUGCCGUCCAGCAAGUCAAUGUAUUGCCGGCUGUGUUAAGCAAUGGACAUGCAAAAUAAAAACUUCGGUAACGCCCCACACAGGAACAAUGGUUAGUGGUAAAAAACCAGCCAACCAAACAUCAGCCAAAUAUUCUUUCCAUCUACUACAGCUUGAAGGAUCAAUUUUCCAGUGUGAGUUCCUAGGCAGUAUUCGCUAAAGUGUCAUAUACACGCACGCACACUGGAUUGCGAUCGUGGCAGUAUGGUGGGUUUUACCCUUUUCGCUUUUCGUAAUUCAACCAACUUGGUCCUUCAUCGAUGCAAAUAGCGAAUUUCCAUGCCUUAUAAUAUUCUCUUUUGUAUUCUAUUGACGAACAUAGCGACAAUGAACCAUCUAUUAAAAUACACAUUAAGAAUGGAUAUGGCGAAGAUACAGACUUGUGCUCUAUAUUCCAGCGUAAGUUUAUGUUUUGUUGUAAUGUGUACGGAGCAAUGGUACAAUAGUACAGCUAGUGAUGAAAUCAAUUUCACUUCUUUGUGGUACAAAGUUGCCUGAUGCACACAACGUUCGAGUGAUGUAAGAAUCACACGUACAGCUUUGCAACGUAGCCACCAGCAGAAGAUCGCGCAAAACACGACAUAACCACAAUUUCUAAUAUCAUAAUUGCUACAUGUGCAACAAUCGGAAUAGAUCCACUGAUACGGUAAUACUGGAGCCAAGACAGGGAUCUGUAUUUUUUAGGCAGAAAGGACUCUAUUAUUAUAUAUUAAUAUUUCGUACAUGUAUGCAAGUGUAAGUGUACAUCUGUUGGGUGUGUAUGAGUAUAUCGAUAAAGAGGUCACGUAAUUUAUGCAUAAGUAAAACAAACAAAAUAUCUUUGCUCUAUUACUCAGUUGCUUCCAUGAAAUAGGUACCAUCCCACCAGAAGGUAAAAUAUAGUGCAAAAGUGGAACAAGUCUUAAAACCGUGUUAAAGCGAGUAUUGAUGAAAUUUCCACUGUUCGGAAAAAAAUCUUCCCAAGUGAUUUUCUAAUGCAAUAAGUAAGAAACGCAGAAUUUUAUGCAACAAAUCAUUUUUUACCAAUAAACAGACACAUAGAAUGGAAAAAUAACGUUACAGUGUUUAUGAUGGUAUUUGUCAAAAUCGGCGCCAUUUCUGGAUUAUGUUCUAAUUACAACUAGCUGUUUCAAUCGAGAAAGUUUCGCAUCUUUUUUAAAAAGAGAAAAAAUGUACGAAGUUUUACAGAUGUAAUUUUGACAAAUUUUAGUUCGUUUUUAAGAUAAUCUAGAAAUGGCUUCGUCUUUGCCAGAUAAAAUCACAAAUCGUUUAUUACGAUAAGUAGAACUUUUCUAGCAUCCACGAUUCGUCACUUAAUUACUUGACUAAUUAGAGAUUUCCUUCACCAUUUAUUCCUAAUUUCAUUAAGAAAUAGCAUUUUCAUUAAAAAAAACAAAGGUCUACAAGUUCACUUCCAUACAAUUAAAAAUUCGCAACCAAAUAGGCCAAUUUUAUAAAAAGAGCUUUCUUCAUUCUUUUCCAUUAUUUUCACAAUUUUAAAAUAACUUGUUUAGCUUUCAUUUUUGGGGGCCUGUUGUUUAAAGCAUCUCACCCCUUUUGAUAAAAUAUCUAAAAUAAUAAAAUAAAGCGAAGCGGUUAUUGUUUCAUUGUCAUUAGGCCAUUAUUGUAAAUGCCUAAACGGAAUCUUUUAUGUUGUUUUUCAUUAUUUUCAUACUCUGUUAUAUUUGUAUGUAUACAAUAAAGAGUUUCUUUACCUCUGAGUGAAGGCAAAUUAUUAGAUGAUAAAAAUUAGGUAGGAGCUAAUUGAUGAACUGAACGGGGAUGGGUAAAUGUUUGCAUCUCUUGCAUUGACCAGUGAAAUUAAUAUGAGUAAAAGGCGAGCAUUAUCAAAUCAUCACUCUUAUCUAUGGCGUAGAGGGAAAACGUAUGCUAUCAAGGAAAUUACAAGUUCUAAUUGAUAAAACGAUAAAUUUCUAAUGACAACAGUACUAGUAAAAAUUUAUGUGUACUGUUGCCCCGAAGUUAGGAACAUAUGAAAAGAGGAAGUCAAAAAGCCGCUUGUAAAGAGGUCGUGAUAAAAACUAUAGCGCUAAAAAUAAAAAUAAACCAAGAUGAAACAACUGUUGCGACGCUAUCAAGAGUGGACAAGAUCGCAAGCGAAUCUGCAAACCAUGGGCAACAAAAAUAUUACCAAUAGUUCAGGUGACACAACUGAAAUGUGUAAGGCAAUACAAACUACUCAUUUCAACCGUAGCACAACACAACAAAACAUAUGUAAAAAAAGAUGUCAGCAAACACACAAAACUACCAAUCAAAUAAGCAGAAAAAAGCGACAAAUUUGUCGUGCGAGCCUGGGGCGCGUCUGGGGAACAUGGAGGCGAACGUAUCGACGAUAUUUACGAUGAUAAAAAUAAUAAUAAGCCUCUCUUUUUGCAGUAAACCAAUAAAAGAUAAAUAUAAAAUCGGAAAAA